UUGCAGGAUGCUUCUGGAGAGAGGCUGCCAGAGGCCGCAGCAGUAUUUGGGGAACCCCCAGCAGUGUUUGAGGAUGUGGCAUUGUAUUUCACCCGGGAAGAGUGGGGCCUGCUGGACAAGAGGCAAAAGGAGCUGUAUAGAGAUGUGAUGCGGAUGAACUAUGAGUUGUUGGCAUCCCUGGGGCCUGCUGCUGCCAAGCCAGACUUGAUCUCAAAACUGGAACGGAGGGCUGCACCCUGGAUCAAGGACCCAAAUGGGCUAGAGUGGUGGAAAGAUCAUCCCCCAGGGAAAAAGAAGAUGAUGGCAGUAAGUGAAGCAGACAUCCAGGCCUCAGCUAUAGAAUCUGCAUUGCUUCCAGCUCCUCCUGUGGAGAUGUGUACCUCCUACUGCCCUUCCAGCAUGUAUGAAGUAGAAGAAGACAGACCUAAGAAAGUCAAGAGGACUUACAGACCCCGUUCCAUUCAGAGAUCAUGGUUUGGGCAGUUCCCCUGGCUAGUAAUUGACCCCAAAGAGACAAAGCUUUUCUGCUCAGCUUGCAAAGAAAGACCUACUCUCCAUGACAAAUCAUCCCGGCUAGUCCGAGGUUACACAGGGCCUUUUAAAGUGGAGACUUUAAAAUACCACGAAGUCAGCAAGGCACACAAACUCUGCAUCAACACGGUUGAAGUCAAAGACGACAGCCCUCAGACUACUCUAGUUCCAGAGAUCUCCAGUGACCUCAUGGCCAACAUGGAGCAUUUCUUCAAUGCUGCCUACUCCAUUGCAUACCAUUCCAGGCCCCUGAAUGACUUUGAGAAGGUCCUGCAGCUCCUCCAGAGCACUGGGACCAUGAUCUUAGGCAAGUACCGAAAUCGUACCGCAUGCACUCAGUUCAUCAAAUACAUCUCAGAAACUCUGAAGAAGGAGAUCCUCAGUGAUAUACAGAAUUCCCCAUGUGUGAGCAUGUUGUUGGACAGCUGCACAGACUCUUCUGACCAGGCCUGUGUGGGGAUUUACAUCCGCUACUUCAAGCAGAUGGAGGUGAGAGAGUCAUACAUCACCCUGGCCCCUCUCUACAGUGAGACAGUAGAUGGGUACUUUGAGACUAUCAUUGCUGCCUUGGAUGAGCUGGACAUCCCUUUCCGGAAGCCUGGCUGGGUGGUGGGCCUAGGAACUGAUGGCUCUACUAUGUUGAGCUACAAGGGAGGCCUCGUGGAGAAAUUCCAGGAGAUCAUCCCCCGGCUGCUGCCUGUCCAUUGUGUGGCCCAUCAGCUGCACCUGGCUGUGGUGGAUGCCUGUGGGAGCAUCGAUCUGGUAAGGAAGUGUGACCGGCACAUACGAACUGUCUUCAAGUUUUAUCAGUCCUCAAACAAGAGGUUGGGUGAGCUGCAGAAUGGUGCAGCUCCCCUGGAGCAGGAAAUCGUUCGUCUGAAGGACUUGAACGCUGUCAGGUGGGUAGCCAGCAAGAGGCGCACACUGAAUGCACUCAUUGUUAGCUGGCCUGCACUGGCAAGGCACCUCCAGAGUGUGGCAGAAGCUGGGGGCCAGAUUGGGCACAGGGCCAAGGGCAUGCUGAAGCUGAUGAGGAGCUUCCAUUUCAUCAAGUUCUGCCACUUCCUGUUAGACUUCCUCAGUAUCUUCCGGCCUUUGUCUGAGGUAUGUCAGAAGGAGAUCGUGCUGAUCACAGAGGUGAACUCCACACUGGGGCGCGCCUACAUAGCACUAGAUACCCUCCGCCACCAGGCGGGGCCCAAAGAGGAAGAGUUUAAUGCCAGCUUCCAGGAUGGGCAGCUCCAUGGCAUCUUCCUGGACAAGAUGGAGAUGGCAGAACAGCGGUUCCAGGCAGACAGGGAAAGGACGAUCCUGACUGGGGUUGAGUACCUCCAGCACAGGUUUGACACAGACCGUCCCCCACAACUCAAGAACAUGGAGGUGUUUGACACCAUGACCUGGCCAAGUGGGACUGAACUGGCCCGCUUUGGGAAUGAUGACAUUCUCAGCCUUGCCAAGUAUUUUGAGCUCUCCCUUCCCACAGGGUACAGUGAGGAAGCGCUACUUGAGGAGUGGCUGGGCCUGAAAGCUGCUGCCCAGAACCUUCCAUUCUCUAUGCUGUGUAAGAAUGCCCUGACCCAACACUACCGCUUCCCCUUGCUGAGCAAGCUCAUGGCUGUGGUGGUCUGCGUGCCCAUCUCCACCUCCUGCUGUGAGCGGGGGUUCAAGGCCAUGAACAGGAUCAGGACUGAUGAGAGGACUAAGCUCUCCAAUGAGGUGCUCAACAUGCUCAUGAUGACAGCAGUAAAUGGUGUGGCAGUGACAGAGUAUGACCCCCAGCCCGCCAUUCAGCACUGGUACCUGACUUCUUCAGGCCGGCGCUUCAGCCACGUCUAUGCUUGUGCCCAGGUGCCAGCCCGUUCCCAUGCAAGCGCAGAGCUGAGGAAGGAGGGAAUGGGGGCACUCCACACGUAGGGAUCUAUGGCCCAAGCUGCCAUCACACCAUCCAGAGAGCCAUGGAGGUUCUGAAGGCCACGUUGUGGAGCCUCCUGAGACUCUU